CAAUGUUCAUAAGUUUAUUAAGUUUCCUGAUUAAGGCCCUCAUCAAAAUAACAGCUAAGUAUUGAACUACAACCAGUUUUCUCUUCCCUAACCAUUCUCAAUCCCAAUCAUUUCCAAUUUUCCAGGACACAUCUAAUUUUAUGAUCAAUCGAGCACAGUCCCAUUCCGUCCCAUUACAGAAAUGUGCUUUCAGGAAGUAUCAUAGAAACGCUCUACCCCCAUAGUAGCAAAGUAAAGAUCCUCUGUCGACUGUCAAGAACAAAUGGCAACACCAAAUCCUCUCAAGAAUCCCCUUCUGGGUCUUCUCCUCUGCGUUAUCCUAUUCUCUUUCUCCUACAUUCUUGGCAUCCAAAUCAGCUUCUUCUUCAACUCGGCCACCACUAGCACUGCAUCUCCUCCUCCACCUCUUCAAAAGAAGUCACAGCCACCAGAUUGUCUCAAACUCAACUUCUCAAUCUCAUCACCUGCUCUUGACUUUGAACCGCACCACCCACUUCCUCUCCCUCGAGAACCCCUCAAAGAUGUUCCAUUUCUUGACUUCUGCCCUCCAAACUUCACCGAUUACUGCCCUUGCCGUGACCCAUCAAGGGAAAUGCUCUUCCCAUUUGAAAGAUUCUUGGGCAGAGAGAGGCAUUGCCCUCCACCCAAUGAGAAACCAAAGUGUUUGGUUCCAAGACCUGCUGGGUACAAGAACCCUUUUCCUUGGCCCAAGAGUAGGGACUAUGCUUGGUUCAAGAAUGUGCCUUUCAAGAAGUUGACUGUGUCCAAGAAAACACAGAAUUGGGUCAGAUUGGAAGGUGAUUUGCUGGUUUUUCCAGGUGGUGGGACUUCAUUUCCAAAGGGAGUGAAAGGUUAUGUUGAUGAGAUCAGGCGUAUUGUGCCUUUGAAAUCUGGUGUUAUAAGGACCGUUCUUGAUGUUGGAUGUGGGGUUGCGAGCUUUGGAGCAUUUCUAAUGGACUAUAACAUUUUGACAAUGUCAAUUGCACCAAGCGAUAUACAUGAGGCCCAAGUGCAGUUUGCCUUGGAAAGAGGUCUUCCAGCAAUGCUUGGCAUACUUAGCUCUCAUCGGCUGCCAUUCCCAUCAAGAUCAUUUGAUAUGGCUCACUGUUCAAGAUGCCUAGUGAAAUGGACUCAUUAUGAUGGACUUUAUCUGAUAGAGAUUGAUCGAGUGUUGCGUCCUGGUGGCUACUGGGUAUUGUCUGGACCUCCUAUAAAUUGGAAGGUUAACUAUAAGGGUUGGGAAAGACAAGCUCAGGACUUGGAACAAGAGCAAAUCACAUUGGAAGAUCUUGCCAGGCGAUUGUGCUGGAAGAAAGUUGCAGAGAAAGGACGUAUAGCUGUGUGGAGAAAGCCUACAAAUCAUAUACACUGCAUAAAAAAGUCAAGGACCUGGAAAUCUCCCUCAUUCUGUUUUCAAAAUGAUCCUGAUGCUGGGUGGUAUAAGAAGAUGGAACCAUGCAUUACUUCUCUUCCAAAUGUGACAGACAUCCAUGAUAUAUCAGGAGGCUCUCUUGAAAAAUGGCCAAAAAGGUUGAAUAUUCCUCCACCUAGGAUUAGAAGUGAAGGAAUGUCAAUUAGGGCCUUUGGUGAAGACAGCCAGUUAUGGCAAAGAAGAGUUCGACAUUAUGGGAUCAUACUCAAGUCUCUUACUCGAGGAAGAUAUAGAAAUAUAAUGGACAUGAAUGCUGGUAUAGGUGGUUUUGCUGCAGCACUAACCAAGUAUCCGGUUUGGGUAAUGAAUGCAGUACCUUUUGAUGCAAAAAAGAACAAUCUCAGCAUUGUAUAUGAGCGUGGACUUAUUGGAACUUACAUGGAUUGGUGUGAAGCCUUUGAUACAUAUCCUAGGACCUAUGACUUGAUACAUGCAUAUGGUAUUUUCAGCAUGUAUAUGAAUAGAUGCAACGCUCUUAAUAUCCUCCUUGAAAUGUACCGGAUUCUUCGGCCUGAAGGAGCUGUUAUAAUAAGAGAUCAUGUUGACAUCAUUGUGAAAUUGAAAGACAUUACACAUAAGAUGAGAUGGGAUGGCAAGAUUUUCCACAGUGAGAAUGGGCCUCUCCAUCCAGAGAAGAUACUAUUGAUAAUUCUAAAUAGCAAGCAUUUGAAGGGCCUAUGUAAUUGUUUAUACAGCUGAUGAUAUGUGAUGAGAGGAUGAAGUAAGGAAGUUGACUUCUACAAUUAAUUAGGGGCAUAAAUCGAAAACGUUGGAUGACCCAUUAUUGCUGUUCAAAUUUAAGGGCCAAUUAUGGAGUCUAGAGAAUGUUUCAAGUGCACUUGGGUUAACUAUUAAAUGGAGUCUAACAUACGGAAGGCCCAAUCAUUUUAAUCACAUAGAAGGCCUAAGACCAAUCAAAGGCCCCAAAAAAGCCCAACUUGUAAAAGACUUUUAUUUAUUUUGUAUUUCUAUGAGUGCUUUACCAUCUAAAAUCUUUUGUAUUUUGUGUCUUUCCACUAGUUAAAGUCUUUUAUAUUUUUUUUUUGGUAAAUGCCCCAUUAGCUUAGUUGUGAUUAUGUUUAGUGAUAAUAGGGUAAUUUUAUUUGUGUGGUCUUUAUUGCAUCUUGUGAGUUAUAAAUAGCUCACUUGGGUGCACUUGUGGAGGAAGCCAUUAUUCUUGAAUCAAAACUUAGUUGUGUUAUUAGAGUUUCUCUUGGAGAAUUACUUUUGUUUUCUCUUCUUUUCUCUCUUGUCUUCUCUUGUGAUAUUUCUUCUUUUCUUCUUUCUCUUAAAUUCUCAUGUCAUUUAUUGUUACUUUAUUAUCCAUCG